GAUGUCUCUCACAUACGACUUAUGAACGUCUGUUUACAUAUGCUGAUCAUUUCCCCCCACCGUGGAAGCCUCAGAGGCAUCAGGGGCACUAAUCCCCACUGGGCAGUGGGCACUAGGCAUUGGGCAUGGGGCCCCUUGCCGGGCUUCUGCGCCCUCUAUCGUCCAUGCGUCGAAGUAAACCUGGUGCAUGUCCCUGACGUUCGUGCGUUCGAUGCUCUUGCAGGAGAAAGUGGAAUCCUAAUCAACACUAGCCAAGGGGGAACCUGGUUCAUAAUUCAUGAUCAUUGAUAUUAUGGCUUAAAUCGUCCGUUGGGUCAUACUGGGUCAUCCGGAUCCCCCAUGUCCGUUCAGCCUUAAAGUCCGUCAAGUACGGUGACCACGUGUCUGACGGACUCAAGGCUUAUUGGCCCGACCCAGGUGUCGGUCGGUCUGUGUGUGUUUGUGCCCUGUUGGUAAACUGAGACCGUCCUUGGGCGAAUCAAUCCAUGUUGGUCAUGGAGGAGAAAUUGCGAGAAGCCGCGUGUUUCGGGGAUUUGGACGCGCUGACCACGUUGCUCAACAAGGGCACCAAUAUCAAUGCCCAACACAAGAUCAAUGGCUGGACCGCCUUGCAUUGGGCCGCCAAGCGGAAUAACGCCCAAUGCGUGGACAUUUUAUUGUCGCGUGGGGCGGAAAAGACCAUUCAUAACUCCAAAGGCGAGACCCCGGCCAUGUUGACCACCCAACGCGAGAUUCUCGUCCGAUUCGGUGUCCCCGAACCCGUCAAAAAUGGAGACAGCACGCAUUCACCCCGACCCAAAACACCCAAAACGCCCAAAUCCGAGUCGCAUGGAUCGAAUGCAAAUGCCUCGUUUGUGCCUAAUUAUCUCAAGCAUCCGCCAUUAGCGCACAAAGUGGAUGUGGGCCCGGAUGUGGACAAGCUGCGAUCGCGUUCGGCCGAUGCAUCCCAAGGGGGACUGGUGUCCAGACCGGCGCAUGCCCCGGUUCGAGCCCCGCCGCCGGUCAAAUCGUACCGGAUCUUGAAGAUUCGAUUGGUGGGCAAGGAGCAUUUUGAUAAGGAUUUCAUUGAGGUGGACAUCCCUAGUCAGGAGUUGUCUUUUCGACGGGUGAUUGACGUGAUUUGCGACGAGUUUUCGGUCAACCCAUUGACGGUGCUCAAAGUGCGGAAGCUGCCCAACACAAAAUUGAGGCGUGAUGUAGAAGUCCAGCGAUUGGCNCAUGAUUGA